AUGGAUGAAAAUGUUAAGUACGCAACUUUCUUGAGAAGUAAAAUAGUAAAAUAUUUUAAUUUAAAAAACGACGAAUUAGAUAUAAAUUAUAUCAUAUCUAUAUUAAAUUGUAAAUCUUAUGAUUUAUAUGAUUCUAUUUUUUUAUUGAAUGAAUCUUUCUAUGAACAAAAUAAAAAUACAAAGUGUUCUUCUUUAAGUAACAUAAAAAAAUUUACUCAAGAUUUAGUAAAUAGCAAAAAGAAAUUUUUUAGUUCAAGUGAUCCAAAUUUAGAUAGUCCUGACAAAAAUUUUCUUUUAAGUAAUAGUAAUGACAUUAAAACAGUAGGCACAUGUUUUCAGGACAUUUUUGAAAAUGAUAAAAAAAUUAAUUUAAGGGUUAAUACAUAUCAAAAUAAUAUAUCAAGUCAAUUAAAAAAAAAUGAAAUAAAACAAAAUGAACAUUUCACAAAUGAUUUUAAACAAGUUUUUUUAGAAUCAAAAACAAAAAAUAAUAAUGGAAAAAACAAAAAAAUAUUUGAUGAUAACAAUAAACACAUAAACAAAAAUGAAUAUAAUGAUGAGGUAAAAAAUAAUAUAUUUCAAAAUGGUAUAAUAAAACAAGAAAAUAAUCUAAUAAAAAAUCAUUCUAUAAAUGAUCAUAGUAUGUUAGAUAUAGAAAAGACAAAUGAACAGUUAAAAUUAGAAAAAGAAAUCAAAAAUCAAAAAAAUCAAACUUCGCAACAAAAAUCUAAUGAUAACAAAAGAGAAGAUAAUUAUUUUUCUUUUUUUAAUGCAAAAGAAAAUAAUUACUCCUUAAAAGAAGCUAUAAAUUUUAUAGAGAACGAAAAUAAUGUUGUCAAAUAUAAUAAUGAGCAAAAUGUAAAAGAAAAAAAAAAAAAAAAUCUACAAAUAUGUAUAUGUAAUGGACAGAAUCAUAAAAUUUAUGCAAACUGUCUAUAUUGUGGAAAAAUAUAUUGUACAAAAAUAAAAUAUAAAAAUUGUAUCUUUUGUGAAAAUCAAUUAUAUGAAUCACAUAUAAUAAAUAAUUUAUUUUUUCAAUCAUCUCAAAAUAAUAAUAAUAAUAAUAAUAAUACAAAGAAAUUAAUAUCGUCUGUCAAAAGUUCCAAUAAUUUAAAUAAUAAUAAUAAUAAUAAUAAUACAAAGAAAUUAAUAUCGUCUGUCAAAAGUUCCAAUAAUUUCUUAUACAAAUAUUAUUUUAAUACAAAUAAUAGUUACUUAAAAAAAGCCUUUGAACUAAGAGAUAAAAUGUUAAAAAACUCGAUUAAUGAAGAACAAACGAAAGUUAUCGAUGACAGUAUUGAUUGGUUUGAGGAUGAUAUUAAAAAUGAAUUUAAUAAUCAGUCUAUACAUUUUUCUCAUUAUGAUGAUGAAAUAAAAAAUGAAAUCAUUAAUAAAUAUCAUGAAAUUUUUGGAAAACGAUUUAAUGAGAUUAAUAUUGAUAUCGACCUUGUAAAUAUGAAGAUUACUGAGAAUAAAGAUUUUUUAAAAAUUAAAGAAUUUAAUGAUUAUUUAAACGAAAAGGAAAAGGAAUAUCAAACAUAUUUGGAACAUAAAAAACAACAAGACAUAAAUUUUAAUAAUGCUCGUAAUUAUUUGUCUACGAAAGAAAAGAAAAAUUUAAGUUACAUUAAUGAUCUCAAAAAAAUUUUUUUUAAGGAAAACUCUGUGAAAAAUGAUACAAAAUUAAAUAAUGUUCCUCAAUCGUAUAAAUGUGAUAAGCCAACAAAUUAUAAGAGUAACAAAAAGUAUAAAUGUAAUGUUAUAAGUAUAGUAGAUGAAGAGCAGGAAGACACACCCUCUUAA